GUAGGGGGGGGAAACCGCCUAACCAUCAUAUGAUAGCGCUCCCAGUGUUAAUAUUUUGUCUUCCUACAUCGGGUUAGUCCUUAUCAACACUUAUUUUUGCGUUAUCAUUUUACAAAUUACAAGCACAGAAAUAUUCCGUGUUACAAGUUACAACAUCAAAGUGUCAAAUUAUAGUAAAGUACAAUCUCAAUCUCAAUUCCAACAAAUAUCUAAGAUAGGUCUUAAGACCAUAAGAUGGAUGCAAAGAAACAACAGACAGUUUUGCCCGAAGAGGAAUAUUUAGAGAGUAUUGGUAAAAUUAUAGAAAGAGAUUUCUUUCCAGAUUUGGAAAAAUGGAAAGCCCAAAAAGAUUAUUUAGAUGCAGUUCAACAAAAUGAUACAAAGAAAUUAAGAGAAAUAUAUGAAAAGUAUAGUUUAAGCAAACGAUUGCUUAUUGAACAACCAGAUGCUAGCCCAGAUACAUUUGAAACGCCACAGCCAACUAAAGGACCAAUGAGUAGUAGAACUGUCGAUCCUACAGAUUUAGAUGAUGGCAAACAUGAUGAUUCUAGAUCAAAAGACACUGAAAUUAUUGGAUUAGACAAAUUUUUAAGCAAUACUACAAGUGAAGAUAAUCAUAGUUUUAAUGAAAUCAUUAAAGAAGCAGAAAUUCAGUACAAAAAAAAGAAUGCAUGGUUAUUUGAGGGUGAAAAAAAAGCAUUAGAAAUGGUUGAUAAACUAGAAGUGCCUUCAAUUGAAAGUCAAGCAUCUAAUACAGAACGUGCAUUUAAUUUAGAUUCCUGGGCAUUUAAAAACAAAAACUUUAUUAUGUAUAUUCCUGAUGGAGUAACGUUGACAAAAGACGAACUUAUAAAUAUGGCAUCCAAACGACAAAAAAUUGACCAUUCUAACACGAGACUCAAAUUAAACCCAUUUGACGAAAGACAUAACAAACAACAACUAUGCAGUUUAGCACACAUGCAGACAAGACAGUUGGAUGGCAAGAUUGGAGUUGAUGGCAAAGAAUUAACAUCUGCUACCCCUAAAAUUAAUGGAUAUGGAUUUGUUAAAACUCCAUCACCUGCUCCUGGUGUUAAUCAAAGCCCACUGAUGACCUGGGGAGAAAUUGAAGGUACUCCAUUCCGUUUAGAUGGUAGUGACACUCCUCUGACUCCUCAUAAUUCUGGUCCUAUUUUCAAAAUACCUGAACAGCCCAAACGUGAAAGAUUAGCACACGCACUUGCUGAAAAAGCUAGUGAAGGUCAUAGAAAUAAAAAAAUUAAAGCUCUGGAGACGGCCCGAAAACAGUUAUCUACACCAUCGCCUUCUAAUUUAAUGAGUAGUCCAUUGGAUCGAUUGAAUUCUAUGUCACCAGCAGCUCAAAGACUUAUAUGUAGCCGUAUAAGUAGUGAUAGAAGAAGAGAUGCUGCAUUAAGAGCAUCUUAUAGUCCAUCACCACAUACAACUCCAUCCGGAUCGCCAUCAAUUUCUGGAUUAAAAAACAAUAUUAAAAAAUCUACACCUACUAAUCAGAAAAAACCGUAUGAAGUACCUAAAAACCUUACUGAUAACUUAUUGAAUAUCAAUGUUUCCAAACGUUCAAGAGCUGUAGAUUUCUUUUAAAUAAUUAAAUAAUUUGAAACACAAGUUAUGUUUUUAUACUGUGUUGUUAAUAUUUAAUUUUUAUUUUGUAAAAAGUUUGAUACAGUAGUAUUAAAUAUUGUAACAUUUUCUGCAUCUUGUUCGACAAAUGAUAUUGAUAUACUGAAAUAAUAAAUUAAGAAUCUAGUUAUA